AUGUGGCCCACAUCCGUGCUGAGUCCGGGAAGGCCGGAUCUAAUCCUGCUGGCCCAGUUCUGGCGCCCGGAUCCAGAUGGAGGUCUGGUGUUUGCAGGGAUGGGUAUGUGUCUGUUGUACCAGGGUAUGUGUCUGUUGUACCAGGGUAUGUGUCUGUUGUACGAGGGUUCUGGAGGUGUGGAGCUGCUCCUCGUCCUGUGCGGCCUGGACCUCUCCUCCCCCUGUCCCAGGAACUGUAUCUGCUACACCUCUCCCAGCACCGUAUCCUGUCAGGCACAUAACUUUCUGUCUGUCCCAGAGGAGAUCCCAGCCCAGAGCGAGAGGGUCUUCCUGCAGAACAACAAGAUCCAGCGUCUGCUGCGAGGCCACUUCAGCCCCACCACGGCCAUGCUGUGGCUGUACUCCAACAACAUCUCCUACAUCCAGGCCUCCACCUUUCAUGGCUUUUCCCGCCUGGAGGAGCUGGAUUUGGGGGACAACCGUCACCUGAGGGCCCUGGCUUCAGACACCUUCCAGGGCCUAGGCCGGCUGCACGCCCUGCACCUCUACCACUGUGGGCUGCUCAGCCUGACGCCGGGGAUCUUCGAGGGGCUCAGCAGCCUGCAGUACCUCUAUCUACAGGACAACCAGUUGGAGUUCCUGGAAGAUGAUCUGUUUGUGGACCUGCUUAACCUCACCCACCUCUUCCUCCAUGGCAACAAGCUCUGGUCCCUCCACCAGAACACAUUCAGGGGACUGGGAGUCCUGGACCGCCUCUUACUACACCAGAACCGGCUACAGUGGGUCCAUCGUCUGGCCUUCCACGACCUGAGUCGCCUCACCACCCUCUACCUGUUCAACAACUCUCUGACUGAGCUGUCUGGAGCCAGUCUGGCUCUACUGUCUGCCCUGGAAUACCUCAGACUCAACAACAACCCCUGGGAGUGUGACUGCAAGGCUCUGCCACUGUGGGACUGGCUGCGGAGGUUCCGGGGUUCAACGUCGGUGCUGGAGUGCGUUUCCCCUCCUGAGCUCCAGGGCCGGGACCUGAAGGGCCUGAGGAAAGAGGAUCUACCCAGCUGUUCAGCAGGAGAAGCCCGGGGAGGAGGGGUCGUAGGCGGGGAGGCCGAGCUGGGGGAGUCCCAGACGAAAGACGAAGACCAUCGACUCCAUCACAGGAACCACAAGCACCGCCAUAACCACCACCAGCACCUUCCACACGGGGACCAGAACAACGGGGACCCGUCCUCUUCGCCCCUACCCUUACCCCUUCCCAGGCCGCCCAAGGGGAGUCACAGGAACUGUACCCGGGGCCGCAAGGGAAAGGGUGGCAAGGGGGGUCAGAACGAGGUGCAGGUACUGAGGGGGGAGGAGGACUACACCCCGGGAGGGAAUAAAUACAACCCUUCCGCCCCCCCUCGCAGGAGGAACAAGUGUGUCCCCAGGACAUCAGUUGGCCCGCCCAGUGGGGUCAAGAGAGCCAAUAGUAACGUGGCGUCCUGCCCCGCUGGGACUUUUCUCUGCAUCCUAUUGGCUGUGCUGCUGUCACUCAGCUGA